AUGCGGUCGAUCAUACAUCAUCUCCUCCAAAGCAAUUGAUCCCGAUCGGAGCAGUCGAACGCCUCCUCUUCUUCCCACGUCUGUACUGAGGUGUGACUGUCCUGAUGAGCAGGUGGAAGGCUCGCUCGCUCCAUCAGCGGCCACCACUGUGCUCUCCGAACGCAGCACUUUCCCUGAGACCACAACAUCCUCUUCGGUGAUGCCUCUGUUGUCUUCUUCACUCAUAGCUCACACGACCGUGGUCUCACCACGACCUCCCACCCGUUCCGCCCCACCCGAUGGGUCUGUGCGUGUUGAAUUCACGCUUGACGACACGCGACAUCAACAAGAUGUCGAAGUCAAGGCUUCCAGUGCCAAGCCGAAAAAGGUCAACUUCAUGGCAUCCAAUGGCCGAGUCGUCAACAACAAUGGUCUGGGCCGCGUCCAGUGCAAUGUGGAGAUCAACUAUGGCAACUACACGUAUGAAGCAGUACCCGCCUUCACCGUACGUUUCCCUGUAUCCUUCGAUAGGCCCCAGCAUGUCACAGGCGUCAAGUGCUACAAGGUGUGA